UUUGGUGUUGUUUGUUUUUUGUGGUGUGCAUAUGUAAUCAGCCCCCUUAUUGUGGAAGUCAUAUUGUCUGGAAUUACAGCUGCUUGUUUUUCGGGUAUGUCUCUAUCAUCUUUGGACAUCUAGAGAUUGAAGGCUUUGUCUCUUCUUCUUUACAAAAUGCACUGUAGAAAAAAAAAACAUCUCUAAUUUAAGAUAAAUACAGGCAUCUGUUUUUGCCAGAAUUUUACAGCAUAAAUACAGAAAAAAAUUUUUUUACAGUAUAGCUCAGACUUGGUCAGAUUGUAGGUAUCAAAUCUAUAAACCACAAUUCUCUAGUCUCGCAAAAUCACCUCAAUUGAAUCUAUGUCUGGACUUUGACUGAACCAUUCUCAGUACUGUUGUCCCUCUGAAAGACAAUGAAUCUCUGUCUCACCUUCCACUAAGGGGUUUUCUUCAAGGAUUUCACUAUAUUUUUCUCUAUAUUGACCCUCAUCCAUCUUCUUAUCAACUCUGACCCGCAUCCCUGUCUGCCUUUGAAGAAAGGCAUCCCCUCAGUAUGAUGCUGCCAACACCUUGUUUAGAAAUGGUGUAAUCUGGGUGAUGUAUAAUGUUAGCUUACCUCCUCUUAGCAUGUGACAUGCUGGCCAAAAUGUUGAAUUUUGGCCAGAUGUUAAUACAUCUUCCAUGUAUUAACAACAAUGAAGAUGUAUUUUGUCUUUCUUUCAACAAAGAUUUUUUAUGCCAGUGUUUCAUAUAAGAGUAGAUUGUGGAGCAUGUAACUAAAAGUAGUUCUUUUAGUUAUUGUCCUCUGCUGUAAGUCUAUGAAGCUAUUCCAGAGCUAGAACAGGCUUUUUAGUUGCUUCUCUGAUUAAUAAUCUCUUUGCUUGUUCUGUCAGUUUAGUUUGAACAUAUCUUGGUAUGAUACGUAGUUGUACCAACAUGUUAAGAUGAAAUGGAUGUUUCAACUAUCAAUAUUGUUUGAUAAUCUAACCUCGCUUUGAACUUUCAUUUACCUGCCUGGUCUGCUCCUUAGCUUUCAUUAAUAUUCUCUAACAAACCCCUGAGGGCAUCACUGAACAGCAGCAUGCAUACUGACAUCAAAUUACAUACAGGUGAACUUUAUUAACCACUGCAAUAGGGAUUACUUCUGAAGGCAGUUGGCUGCACAUGAUUUUGUUUAGGAGUAUCAAAAUAAAGGGGCUCACUAUCAAUGCAAGCCACACACCAGGCAGAUUGUGGCUGUAAUGAGACAAAAUGGGAAAAGACUCAAGGGAUAUUGCUAACACUCAACAGAUGAUACGAUCAUCAAAAAGUGACUUUUAGAUCCAUUAAGGCCAUGAAAACACUGCUAUUUUCAUAUUCCUGCACAUUAACCACUCACAUAAGUUACAGAGUCGACACCUUGGAGUAAAUAUUUUAUAAUUCAUGAAUACAAGAUUCACUUCAGCUUGACAGAAAAAGAACCAGUUUUAGACUUGAGUUGGAGUUCAGGUAAGGUGGAAUCUGUUUCCAUCAUCCUGGGGGCUAUUUUGAGGGUCUCUCACUUUGCUUUACAAUUGCAGCUGCCAAAGUGCAAUUCAUGAAAGAAGAUGGCUUGCAUAUCAUUUCAGUUUGAAAUGGAGCCAAGAACAAGAUGAAGCAUGUGAAGAGGCCUGAUUAUUAUGACUUUCAACCGGAUAUUACUAAGUCGUCAAAGACGUUUUUUGUGAAGAGUUAGUCCAAAAGACUUCCCAAGAUGUAAACUACACAGAAGAAGAGUGUUUUGGAAAUAUUUCAUUAUUUCCAUAUCUUUUGGUCCUAAAUGAUAAACAGACUGAGUAGCUGAAGAACAAUCUCUCAAACACCAGCCUAUCCUUUGUCUAAGGUUCUGUCAGACGUCGGAACUGAAGUGGACCAAACGCUAAAAUGUCUCGUAAAAGCAGUGCUGCACCCGAAUGGGUUUUUGGUACAUCUUACUCUGAAAUAUACAACCUAUCCACAGGGCUCGUAUUUUCCUUUUCAGCUGUCAAAUGAUGCAACCGUGCAUGCUGCUCCGAAAAAACUCUUUCCUGUGCAAUGUUUUUCUUUUUAAAAAAUACCAAUUUUUCUUCCAAGUUCAAAACCUGGAUUUGGAAAAACAAAUGUAGAUGGCUUAUACAGUCAUGGGGGAAAAAAGAGAGGAAAAAAAAAACCGUUUUUAUUGGUAGUAAAUAUAGUCAUGGAGAAAACUAAGCAAGUCCUUGUUACUUACAUAGGAUUUAAGAGGACAAAGUAGAAGCCAGUUGCUGGUUUUCCACUGCAAUCAAAUAAUUGAUCAUCAAGUGAGACCAUGUCUAUAAAAAAAGAAGAUUUGAAAGUUUAUUGAUAUGGGUUAUAAAAAAAAGCUGAAUAUUCAAUAGGGUGUCCUCAUUUUUUUAAUAUGACUGGAUGCUUUAAUGUCCUUAGUUUCUUUAAGUCUUUUCAAGCCUCAUGAAAAAUAAUGUAAGGAUUUCAAUUUUUUGUCUUUAAAGACAAAAAACCAUCUCAUUAGUAUGGCCUGAAAGUUCCUUUACCAGUCGAAGCACAGCACAUCCUACAUAUUUUCACAUCAAGGACAUUUUCAUAAAACAUUAAUUAUGUCUUUCCAAACAUAUUUUGCCUACCAGAGCACAUGGAGGAAAGUCUCAAACACUAAAGCUAUUUUAGUAUCUUUCUAAUUUUCUUCAGCUAUAAAAAUAUGGUUUACAUUCAAAACAUAGAUUCCUGCUUGUUAAAAAGAAAGAAACUUAGGUUUUAGAGUUUGAGAUGCCAUACUGCUCAGUUUUUCACUUUACAUCUGAUUUUUUGUUUUUUCGCUUUUUUGCCAUUUUCUGUGUGAGAGUCAUUGUUCCAAUCACCUGAAUAUAUUGUUUGUCCUUUCUUCUCUGUGGCAACGUAGUGAGGUUUAUCAGGAGUGAUACUGGUACAGCCACAAGGGAACUGCCUCAUUAUGCUGGAGUAGCAGGGGAUGUUCAAGGGUUUUUCACUGCUUGCUUUAUCUUCCCCAAAAUCUUGCAUUUAUUUAUUUCGACACUCAUUUAACAGUACCAGUCAACAAUUAUGCCAGGCAGAAACAGACUUUUUCUGCAACCCAUAAAUUCAUGGAAUUGGAUCUGUCAAUACAUAAAGACUUCACAACAGCUCCUCUCAGAGAGGUUAAAUUGUGGUGAACACAAACAUGUCUGAUCUGACCUUUCACCUUCAAGAAUUACUGUCAAUAUUACAGUAGUUCUUGUAACAGGCAACUCGUCUUGUAACAGGCGAGUUGCCAGUUCGAAGCCCCACUCUGUGAAAUCUUCCACUCGUCUCAGUCUUGUGUCCUUGGGCAAGACGUUCACCCUCCUGAUGGAUGGCAGCCUGGCUUCUAUCAGACUGCCCCAGGGCAGCUGUGGCUACAAUGUAGCUUAUCACCAUCAGCGUAUGAAUGACUGACUGUAGUGUGAAGCGCUUUGUGGUCCUCUGGACUCGACAAAGUGCUAUGCAUGUACACACUAUUUAGAUCUAGUCAAAAUGCCUGAAGUUUGAAUAUUUUUGUGAAGUGUUGAGUUAGAAAAUGUCAGAAUGCUUGUCAAUAUAUCAAAGCUUAUCUUAUAUGAGUUAUCAUAUUUUUCCUUAUUCGGACAAUAAGAAAGGAGUUAACUUUAUGUAAUGAUGGUGUAAAAUAUGAGCCUGACUUUUUCUCGAUUAGAAUGAUUGGCUGUUAUGAACUUCAAAUGUAAAAACAGCUCAGGUCAUAAUCUAGAUAUAAUGACUGUUAUUACAGUUUGCUAAUGGUUUGGACCUUAAUAACAAAUGUGCUUUAUUAAAAAAGUAGCAGAUUACUCUUUUUUUUUUAUUUUUCGUUGACAGUAUGAAGUGACUUUAUCCUCUGUCUGCCUCUUAUUGAUUGUACAGCCCCUUUAGGCGUCUCUUCAGGAACCUGGCGAGGAGUUCUGUGCUGAGUUCAGAAAGACUUAGAUGAAACCAGAAGCCUCCAAGAAGCAUUGCCAUGAUCAAUUUGCUUGAUUCGGUUGUGAUAAAUGUUCUUGUUUUCACUGAUAUCAAAUUAACUGGCCCAGAGCCAACCACCUUGUGAGGGACCUUCCUGCCAGAACAACAGUCAGGGUUCUAGCACAUUCUUCAGUCUUCAAAUAAGGAACUUCUAAAAAUAGAAUCUGGAAGAAAAGAAGAAUGGAGAGAGAGAAGGAAGGAAUCAAGGGAAGUUGCAGAGAUAGGACACAAGGAGGGGAAAAAAGUCAUGAAAGAAGGAACAAACGGAGUUUUGUAGAUUAAAACUUUUGUUUGUAUAUUUGUACUUUAGAUUGAAAUGUAAAAAUAUGUAUAGCAUAUGUAAUAGAGCUGUUUCUUUUGCUUCAUUAAAUUAUUAGUCGGCCGAUUUUAUUGUUACUAAUAACAUAUUUAUAUCUCAACUUGAAAUACUUUAUUGUUCCCGGGGGAGAAUUCAUUUGCAACAGCAUCUACAAAAUCCACACAUACAAAAGCACUCACACACCAGAGAGAACUGAAAAAACUUUUUUUUUUUUUUUCCAUCAUCGUAAUUUUAGAGUGAAGCCAAAUACAUGUUAGUCCAGAAAUAUACUUAGAAAUCUCUUUGCCUCUUUUAUUAGAGAAAGAGACUUGAGACUUCUGAUUGAUUAUGUGACUGGUUAUGAGACAGAUAUAUUCAUGUACAUUAAUCAUGUUUAACAGAGCACGCUCACACUGCAAACUUCACUAACCACUGCAUCCUCCUUUUAACUUUUACUUAAUCAUUUCUAAAAGCUAAUCACUAGAUUAAAUGUACUAACAGUGACUCGAAGUUGCAUGUAUCACUCAAGUCGUCAUAAAACAUUACCAUAAAAAAUAAGCAACCUCUCCACAUGCAUCCAUGUGGAUCUAAGCGAACAAAUCAAGAGUAAGAAUCUAUUAUGUGCAGUGGGAAUCAGUCCCUGCCAAACCUCAGCGAGUGAAAAACACAUUACAGAAGUUGUAUGGAUGUCUCACACCUGCAUGGUCAUUACUUUUGCCGAGGCGCUGAUGUGCAUUGUGAUGGCCAGUUUUGCUUUUAGGUUUGCGUUACGGUCAAGAAUUCAGCUUUUUUAGCCGACGUUCUCCGUGAUUGAAAUUCUCAGUCAGCCAUCAAUCUGCAUUAUAGACUGAUUUCCUCUUGUCUGGUGGGGGCUAACUAAAACAGAUUGAGACAGCUCUAGCUCACUGCAUCGCUAAUGGCUGGCAAUGAAAGACGUCUCUGUGCGGUUGACCCGUAUGUGGAACAGGAUCACGUCGCAGCUCAGAGCGAUGAAGAGAGCACAGCUCAAUACAGGGGAGUCUCUUCGGCAUCAGUCACCAGUCAACAGCAUCCUCAUCUUAUUGACUAAAUGUUGCCCAGAAAUAGAAUCUAAUCACAGGGUUUGGACAGGCUCUAGUUCUCCUAAUGGUUUACCAUUAGCCAUCUGGAACAAAGCCCAAAGUGUAAAAGGAAAUAUAACAAUACAUUCCGAGGGUCUGUAUUGCAUGGCAAAAAAUGUGCUCUCAAUUAUUGCCACAGCACUGGCAUAUUUGCAGAGAUCAGAAGAGCUUUGCAGCAAAAAAAGAGAAAAAAGAAAAGAUUACUUGCUCACCCCUGCUUUGAAUCCUCCUCAUUAUUUUCUGUCAUACCAGUCUCUAUUAACCUGUAAAGGCCAUGGAAAGCAGAAGCUAAAAUCUUGGGGGUGGGGGGUUGGAAACGGCAUUUUCUCCAUUCAGCUGUUGUUGAAUGGAUGAUACAAGGGAACAGUCUGUAAGUGAAACAAUUACCCAAGCAUUUUUUCUCGCAAGCAGGGCCAAAACAGAGUCAUUACUUGCAUGGCAUAAUUGACAGUGAACUCAGGCAAUCUUAUUAAUUGAUUACCCAGACCUUUUGGUAAUGGAAAAUGCAAAGUCUCAUUGUAUCAGCAGCCUCUCUGUCCCCCCUUACUUUCUAGCACAGGAGGGAGCAGAUGGAGACCCACUAAUGAUUCUAGACUUCGCCCCCCAUUCCCCCUCCAUCAUCAUCGAAGAACCUCUCAAGGAAUUUUAAUUUUAUGCCAUCAAAUAACCUUUAUAGUGUAGUAACAUGCAGCACAGUGCAUAUCAAAAACAGCUCAGGCCCAGGGGAGAUAUAUAGCUUAAUUAAGAUAACAAGUUUAUUUCUUAAAGCAGGCAAAGAUGAGGAUGCGGGAGUGUGCCCCCGCGCCUCUCUCAUGCAGGAUUCAGCCUCCAGCUCCUCCUCUGAUGCAUCGUUUGCAUCAGUACUUGGGAACCCUUGUCCGCGCGUUGCUGCACCUCCCCACAGUGCGUUCGCAGACUCCUCUUUACCAGGUGAUGACAGGCGGGGGAGAGAAAGAGAGAGAAAAAAUAAUAGCUCCUGAUUAAAACAAAAAUAUUCUCAAAACUCUAAAGUCGGAGUAGAUGCAUGAUGGAGACGCGUCUCGGUUGCUGCUUUUUUAUCCUUUUUUUCUCUGAGUGGAUUUGUCUAUUAUCAUUAACUUCCAUCCUGGGCGGAACAAAGGCGGAGGUAAGGUGCAUUCGCCAGUGCCAGCAGCCGCUUGUCGUAGAGGUACCCCGGGAAAGAGCGGCCCCGGACCAGGCGGGUUCCGACGCAGCUCCCGGUGAAGAAUUCGUCGGAUUUGUUGAGGAGUCGUUCAGCGCCAGUGGAGAGGAAAAAGACGGCGCUGCGGAAUUGGUCGCGAGUGAAAAAAGUUCAUUCAAACUACAGCCGCGGCCGGGGGAGAAUGAGACAAGUGGUCUGCAGGGAGACGGGGGCCAUCAGAAACUUUCCCACCCACCUCCGAGCGCCUCCGGCCCCUCUGCUAUUAACUCGAGUGAAGAGAGAGAUAACAGCUUCAACUCGACCGGGGACGCAGAUGCGGUCGCUUGGAGAGUGCGAAGGAGCGCAGAGACCUGGUCCGGAUUCCGGGGCGAGGGUGUAGAGGAUGCUUCGGUUUCGGACCAGGAGGAGUUCGAGCUCACAAGUUCAACAUUUGCCCUCGCCGGGGACACAGCUCACAACCAGGCGAUGGUGCACUGGUCCGGACAAAACAGCAGCGUGAUACUCAUGUUGACCAAAUACUACGACUUCAACUCUGGCAGAGUAACAGAGAGUUCUUUGUGGAGGUCAACCGAUUAUGGGACCACGUAUGAAAAACUUAAUGAGAAAGUGGGGACCAAGAGCAUACUGAGCUACCUGUAUGUGAGUCCAAACAACAAAAGGAAGAUCAUGUUGCUAACUGACCCAGAGGUGGAGAGCAGCCUGCUCAUUAGCCUUGACGAGGGGGCGUCCUAUCAGAAACACAGCUUAGGCUUUGAUAUUCUCAGCUUGCUUUUCCACCCGGAGCAAGAAGACUGGAUCCUGGCUUACAGCCAUGACCAAAAGCUCUAUGUCUCCGUUGAGUUUGGGAAGAGAUGGCAGCUUGUGCACGACAACGUCGUUCCCAACAGAUUCUACUGGUCUAGACUGGGUUUGGACAAAGACCAAGGGAUGAUUCACCUCGAGAUCACCAUCUCAGAUGGACGGUCGCAGUACAUAACUUGCAAACUUCAGAACUGCUCAGAUGGAAACAAGGGCAAACCUUUCCCUGGAUUUAUAAUCCCAAACUCCCUGGUCGUGCAGGAUGAAUACGUUUUCAUCCAGGUGUCGGUCAGUGGCCAGGCUGUCCAUUAUGUGUCAUAUAAAAGACAUGCCUUUUACCCAAUGAAGCUUCCCAAAUACACCCUCCCUAAGGACCUGCAGAUAAUCAGCACAGAUGAAAACCAGGUGGUGGCAGCAAUUCAGGACUGGCAUCAGAAUGAGUCGUACAACCUCUACAUGUCUGACUACAGAGGACUGUUCUUCACUCUGAUGCUGGAGGAUGUUGUUAGCACCGGUGGUCCAGAGGACAAUGUUAUGAUAGACCUCUAUGAGGUUGCCGGGAUUAAAGGAGUGUUCCUGUCAAAUAAAGUUGUUGAGAACCAAGUGAAAACUUAUAUUACGUACAACAAGGGCAGAGACUGGCAUCUUCUUCAGGCUCCAGCAACCGAUCUCCAGGGAAACAAGGUCUAUUGUGAGGAACCAUACUGCUCUUUGCAUCUUCACCUUCAUGUCUCUGAGAACCCUUACGCCUCAGGAAACAUUGUCAGCAAAGACACGGCUCCAGGGGUUAUAAUAGCAUCAGGUGUGGUUGGUCCAGAAUUAAGCAGUGUGAAUGUCAGUAUCUUCAUCACAUCUGAUGCUGGAAAUACCUGGAGAGAGGUUUUUCAGGAAGAGUACAGCGUGUUUUUCCUGAAUCAAGGAGGAUCUCUAGUGGCCAUCCGACAUACACCUCUGCCAAUUAGACACAUUUGGCUGAGUUUUGAUGAGGGCAGAAACUGGGACAAAUAUAGCUUCACCUCCUCUCCACUCUAUGUCGAUGGGGUGCUGGGGGAGCCUGGAGAGGACAUCCUCAUAAUGACGAUAUUUGGUCAUUUCAGCCAUCGAUCUGAAUGGCAACUUCUCAAGAUUGACUUCCGGCCUAUAUUUGAAAAACGGUGCACAUCUGAGGACUAUGUGACAUGGCAGUUACACAAUGAGGGGGAAGUGUGCAUCAUGGGAAUGAAGAGAAUCUUCCAAAAACUGAGAGCAAACGUUCGAUGUGUCAAGGCCAGAGAUCAGUAUAUUUCUCAGAUGUCAGACUCCUGCGCGUGCACAGAGGCAGAUUUUGAGUGUGACUAUGGGUUUGAGAGGCAAGUCGAUGGGAGCUGCACUUCAGCUUUUUGGUUCGUUCCUUCAGCAUCAACUCGAGACUGCAUUACGGGGGACAGCUUCUUCAACACAACAGGAUAUCGCAAGGCUUUGUCGAACAACUGCACCGAGGGAAGUCUGUUGAAGUACAGCCCCAGGCAACAAAAAUGUCCCAGCCAGGCUCCCAGGGGCCUCCAGCUCUUCACCAGCGAGGGAACAUUUGUAGCAACGCUGGGAAGGAAUGUUACCUUCUUGGUCUUUCUGGAAGAGGGUCUUAGCUUGAUGACAAGUAUGACAGUGGACUUUGGUGAUGGAACUGCCAUAUCUUACGUUAAUAUCAGCUCCAUCGAUGAUGGGGUCAAGCACAUCUACAAUAAAGUUGGAAUCUAUCAAGUUUCAGCCACAGCAAGUAACCAUCUCGGCAUUGACAAGGUCUUCCUCUACCUCCACGUGUCCUGUCACCUCGAGCAGGUGCAACUUUCAGCUCCUUUGGUGGUCAUUAAGGACAAAGCAGUGAAUUUCACAACAACACUUCGCCCAAGUAGUGUGGGAACAGUCACAUAUUUCUGGUGGUUUGAUAAUAAGUCAGAGCCAGUUGUGACCCUUGAUGGAGCAAUCGCCUUCACUUUCUCCAGAGAGGGAAGUCACAUUGUUACUGUUCAGGCUUUGGCUGGUAAUAUUGUCCACCAGGACCAAAUCAGAGUGGCAGUUUAUGAUUAUUUCAGGUCACAUCCUUUGGUUUUUUCCUCUAAUCUGGAUGAGAUGAACCCAGGGGUAUCAGAGUGGAGAGAAGACAUUGGCAGAGUUGUGAAGACCUGCAUAGUUCAGGUCACAGGGAUUAAUGAGGACCAACUCCUGGUCAAGCUGUUUCCAGGUUUACCAACUACAGCCGAGGUCUUCAUUGUACCAGAAAGGAGGUCAAGAGACAGAGGCAUGAAUGAAGAGUGGGCACACCUGGAUCAGCUUUCUCAGGUUCUGCUGAGUGCUCUAAACCAGGAUCUCAUCGAGUUUACAAUCAAACCCGGGCUGCAGGUGAAUGUGUAUGCCACACGGCUGUCUCCAGCUCCUCUUGUGGACGGCAGUGACAGUGGGCACAGUGGCACUGCAGUCAUCAUGCUGGUGUCAGUGGUGCUGAUGGGAUUGGCUAUCUUUGUGAUAUAUAAAUUUAAAAGAAAGAUCCCAGGCAUGAACACGUACGCCACAGAGAAGCCUGACAAAGAACAAGAGGUCAUCCCUGCGGUGACCUCCAUAGCUGUCCCAAACCCUGAGGGGGAUGAGCUGACCUCACUGGACCAUGUGGAUAUACAACUGGACUCAAAAAGCAGAGGCUACCUGCCAUCUCACACAGACAUCAAGCUCUCUGAUGAAGCGCCCCAUGUGUUUUAAUGUUGGAAGUCUAUGACCGACUCGAAAGCAAUACAUCUUCUUUGGCAGUUACUUCCAGCAAGCUAGGAAGCUGCGGUCACAAUGAAUGGUCUCGAGUCUUUUGCUACCCAUGCAUGGAUGGACCAGUUCACACUGUGCUGCCUAAAUCCCUCCGAGGAGACUGUACAGAUUUAUACUUGCCUCUUGAAAAGGAACAGUUUUUGACUGAAAUACUUGUAUUUUUGCAAGGACGUUGAUCUUUUUAUGUAAAUACUGUACAUCCAUAAUGGAAGAAGCGAAAGUUAUUUGUCUCAGCUGGUUAUAGCUGCAAUUGCUCAAAUAUGAAAACAUCAAACAGUGGUAUGACAGCAGAGUGUAAUAUAUAUAUUUAGAAAAUUUGUCAUUUUUUUCCCUGAUUAUUGGGACUUGUGUUUGUGAAGUUUACUUUUUUUUUUCUUUUGCACAGACUUAUCAGAGUAAGACAGUGAGGGAACCAGAUUCAUUAAGCUCUCUGUAAUCAGUAAAUCUUAUCACCAGAUUCUCAUCCAAUGAAAACUCGCAAUAUCCAGGAGAUGAUGGAGGGCUCCCAGGCCCGGAUCUGUGUAUUCCAUCAAGCCUGUCUCUCUGCAGCUCACAGUGUUAUAUAUGUCAUAGCGGAGAGAAAAACAAAAAAGAAAAAAACACACAACAGAAGAUUAUAGCAGAUAGGUACGCACAGAAGAUGAGAUUCUCUGAAAUCCCUGUUGUUUAGGAGACACAAAUAAGUCAUUUUAGAAACAAUGAAACAUCUUCGAUCUGAAACAAACUGAACUAAAAUAUUCAAACGAUUUUACCCCUAAAAGAAAUGCUUCAUUCAAUUCUCACAUGGUGACACCUAUGAGACCACGCGGCCCUCGUGUAAAUUUCCUCUUUGUUGGUUUGUGCAUUUCUUGUACUUUCUGGCUUGUACUGAGAGCAAUAUGUAAAUUUAUUGAAUCAUUCCAAAUGUGGAAUAAUUACAUGAACUAAGAAGAAGCAGCAAGAAAAGAACAAAAAAAGUUCCCUGUUUGUGUUUAAUUAGUAAUAAGAUCAAGGUUUAUUUGCUUUAAAAGAUUUGUUGGCACACUUACAAACUUUUUCUUUGAACUGAGAUUACUGUGAAGGUUGGUGGUGUCUUUUCAACAUUUGCACUACAUUUUUUUUUUUCUUCUGUUUAUUUUUGUUUUGCUUAAAGCCCUUCUUAUUUAUUCUGGACUGAUUCUCCACCAUCUCCCAAGAUUCCAGAAAUGCAAAGGGGCCCGCAAUGUGUUCUAGGUUUGCCCCCAAGGACUCGGCGGACAAAAGGCUGCAGAUUUGUUCAUCUCCUGCGCUGCGAGGGACACUGAGAUAGAGAAGACGUAUCUCCUGUCAACGCGGCUCAGCCCACGCACACGGCUUCGGUCAGCCGCUGUCUCUUUGGGAUAUGUACCGAGGUCCUUCUUCAUCAAACUUUCUUUUUAAGUGUUGUCAGCAUCAUAUGUCAGUAAGACAAAUUGACUGGAGGCUUCUCCAUACUUCUUCCUAGCAAUCCCCUGAUUGAGCCAGAAGCAUAAAUAAACUCAAGCCCAGAAGAACUCUUUGUGCAGCUGUUCAAAGAUCUUUCUUUUUUUUGAAAAUUAUUAAGUGAAAUUAAUCAUCUUUCAGUCCCGGUUAUUAAGCUGUGAAUACAAUCGUGAACAGAUUUGCAUGAUGUUUUUGUUUCCUUUUGAUCUGCUUAAAAUAUGUCUUACCUUGGAGAAAAUGUAUUUCAGUAUUUUCUUUUUUUUUUCUUUUUUCCAGAGGCUAGACAACUCAUACAUUACAAGUGAAGUGAUUAUUCAGUGGGUUGUUAGUGUUUUUUGUUUGAUCUUGCAGAGGUAACCAUGGUUGCAGAAUAAAGAAGAGACACAACAGCA